GCCGCUGUGGUCUCCAGUGUUUUACCGGGGCUGUUAACCUCUGUUUUACAGGUGUGUGUUCUGCACUGGGAACUGGUCUUGGCUUGAAACACAGGAAUUUCCUGGAGGCCUCAAGUCACAUCUGACCGAGCACUUUCUGAGGAGGGAUUUUAAGAAUGUGCACUCAGUCUCGGACGUUUUAGGACUUGUGUGAUCUCCAUCCUUCCUAUAGAAGACAGAAAACUUUAUUGACCAACAGCUGACCAAGUCUGCCUCCUCUCCUGUCGCCAUGCUCCCCGCUCAAGAGGCGGCCAAAAUCUACCACACCAACUACGUGCGUAACGCCCGCGCCGUGGGCGUACUGUGGACGGUGUUCACCAUCACCUUCGCCGUCAUCACCGUGGUGGUGUUCAUCCAGCCCUACUGGAUCGGGGACAGCGUCAACACGCCGCAGGCCGGGUACUUCGGCCUCUUCCACUACUGCAUCGGGAACGCGCUUACCUCGGAGCUGACCUGCAAAGGGAGCGCGCUGGACUUCGGCUCCAUCCCGUCCGGCGCCUUCAAGACGGCCAUGUUCUUCGUGGGCAUCUCCAUGCUGCUGGUGGUGGCCAGCAUCGUCUGCUUCAGCCUCUUCUUCUUCUGCAACGCGGGCAGCGUCUACAAGAUCUGCGCCUGGAUGCAGCUGGCCUCCAGUACGUGCAUGGUGAUCGGCUGCAUGAUCUAUCCUGACGGCUGGGACUCGGAUGAGGUGAAGCGCAUGUGUGGCCAGCGGACCGACAAAUACACCCUGGGCAACUGCACGGUGCGCUGGGCCUACAUCCUGGCCAUCAUCAGCAUCAUGGACUCGCUCAUCCUCUCCUUCCUGGCCUUCAGCCUGGGCAGCCGGCAGGACAAGCUGCUCCCCGAGGACUUCCAGGUGGAGGGAAAAGAUAAUGCAUAACACUGCGGCUAGUGGACCCCAGAGGGAAGAGAUGUUUGUGGCUUGAUGAGGGCUGCUACUGACUUGACAGGAUUCACAACGGCUCAAAGACUGUCGACACGUUUCCUGGAAAAUACAGUCAUGACAGCGUAUCAAGAAAACACGGGAAGAGUCGCCUCCCUCCUUUCAGACAUUCUGCAGUAAAAUACUGGUUCUCAUAAAAUGAUUUCUCAUAAGAUUUAUAAAUUAAAUGCAUAUGAAGCUGCUAAUAACUUGACAAUAUGGACUGAAACAUUGCAAUAUUAAUUUUUACUAUAAUUUCGGUCAUUAUGUAUCUAAAUGUGCUCAUUUUUUAAACCAAAUGAAACUUUUACCACAAAGGUUUUGUUGUCCUCAGUCCCAAACAGACAAGGAACAGAUAAUAAAAUGCUUUUGUUACCAAAGCUACAUAAUGC